GCUCCAGUUACACUUUUUCAGAUUUUGGGGAUGUGGGGGGAGGGCGAAUCCGCAACUUUCUCAACAUUUUUCCCACUAAAUAAACGCAAUCACCAACUUUUUAUGUGGUCACAUUGUCGACUUUGAUCAUUUUGAACUGGUUUGAGGAUUUUUCCCGAACUCCUAACGAUGGAAUUUAAAGAAGACCCAAAGGGAAAAAAGCACGGAGAGUUUCGUGGAGGAAAAACUUUGUUGGAUCGUCCUUGCGCUCAUCUUUUUGCACCUUUCAGCAAAUAAGCGGAACUAGAAGAAACAUGCCUUUUGAGCCUCGAAGACAAUCGCACUAUUAAAGCAACCCGAUUCCACUUUAUCGUCAUUUUUGCACGAUUCCUCCUUUUCCGUGCCCCCCCCCCCCCCCACCCCCUCUUGCUCCCAAGAUGUCCUCCCAAGUUUGGAGCGCCUUUGUUGGCUUGUACGGGAUGCUUUGCUGCACCGUCGCCGUGCAGCUGUCCCCUAACGGGACCAUAUUUGAGGACAAAUGCAAGGCAACGACGACGUGCGAGGCACUCAAGUACAAUACAUGCCUGGGCUCACCUCUGCCGUACACGCACACGUCCCUGGUACUGGCAGAAGACUCCAGCUCCCAGGAGGAAGCAUUUGAGAAGCUGACCAUGUGGUCUGGUCUGCGGAACGCUCCACGCUGCUGGUCCGUCAUCCAGCCACUGUUGUGCGCCGUCUACAUGCCCAAGUGUGAGAAUGACCGAGUGGAACUGCCAAGUCAGAGUUUGUGUCUGGCCACCCGUCGCCCUUGCAGCAUCGUGGACCAGGAGCGCGGCUGGCCCAACUUCCUCAAAUGCGAAAAAUUCCCAGUGGGAUGCUCGAACGAGGUGCAGAAGCUGAAGUUUAACACGUCGGGUCAGUGCGAGGCCCCGCUGGUGAAGACGGACAUCCAGUCGAGUUGGUACAAAGACGUGGAAGGAUGCGGUAUCCAAUGUGACAACCCGUUGUUCACAGAGGAGGAGCAUGAUGAUAUGCACGCCUACAUCGCCUACUUUGGCACCAUCACCCUCCUCUGCACCUUCUUCACCCUGGCCACGUUUCUAGCCGACUGGAAGAACUCAAACCGCUACCCGGCCGUCAUCCUCUUCUACAUCAACGCCUGCUUCUUCGUGGGCAGCAUCGGUUGGCUGGCGCAAUUCCUGGACGGCGCCCGUGAUGAGAUCGUGUGCAAGAGCGACAACACCAUGAGACUCGGGGAGCCUUCUUCCUCCGAGACUUUAUCCUGUGUGACCAUCUUCAUCAUCGUGUACUACUCGCUCAUGUCGGGAGUGAUUUGGUUCGUGAUGCUGACGUACGCCUGGCACACGUCCUUCAAGGCGCUCGGCACCACCCAGCAGCCACUCACCGGGCGCACGUCUUACUUCCACAUGGUCACGUGGUCCAUCCCAUUCGUCCUCACGGUCGCAAUCUUGGCCAUCGCUGAGGUGGAUGGCGAUUCAGUGAGCGGGAUCUGCUUUGUCGGCUACAAGAACUACAGAUACCGCGCCGGCUUCGUGCUGGCGCCCAUCGGCGUGGUGCUUGUGGUCGGCGGCUAUUUUCUCAUUCGAGGUGUCAUGACCUUGUUUUCCAUCAAAAGUAACCACCCAGGACUACUGAGCGAAAAAGCAGCUAGCAAAAUCAAUGAGACAAUGCUGAGACUUGGCAUAUUUGGCUUCUUAGCUUUCGGGUUUGUUUUCAUCACCUUUGGUUGCCACUUCUACGACUUCUUCAACCAAGCCGAAUGGGAGAGGAGCUUCAGGGAAUAUGUGUUGUGCGAGGCUAACGUCACCAUCGCCUCUCAGACCAACAAACCAAUCCCGGAGUGCACCAUUAAAAACCGACCCAGUUUGAUGGUGGAAAAAAUCAACCUGUUCUCCAUGUUUGGCACCGGCAUCGCCAUGAGCACGUGGGUGUGGACCAAGGCCACCAUUCUCAUCUGGAAGCGCACCUGGUGCAAGAUCAUCGGGCGUGGUGACAACGAACCUAAGAGGCUCAAGAAGAGCAAGAUGAUCGCAAAGGCCUUCGCCAUGCGGAAGGAGCUGCACAAGGACCCCGAGAAGGAGCUCUCGUUUAGCAUGCAUACCUUGUCACAUGACGGACCUGUCGCCGGAAUCAACUUCGAGAUCAAUGAGCCGUCUAACGACAUGUCGUCGGCUUGGGCGCAGCACGUGACCAAGAUGGUGGCCCGGCGAGGCGCCAUUUUGCCUCAGGACAUCUCAGUCACUCCCACAGGAACGCCGGUUCCGCCCCCAGAGGAGAGGAACAGGUUGUGGAUGGUGGAGGCCGAAAUCUCCCCAGAGAUGAUAAAGCGGAAGAAGAAGAAAAAGAAAAGAAGGAAGGAGGUGAAUGCAGCCGCAGAAGAACCAGCGACGGCGGACCACCAAGUGUAUCCCCAGCGGGAGUUUGGUCGCAGUUCGGUGCCCCGCCUCCCGAAGCUGCCCUCCCACCCCAGCCUGGUGGCCAACCUGAAGGAGCAGCAGAGGCGACAGCAGAUGCUGGAGGACGACGUCCUGCCAGGAUCCUAUCCGGAUUUUCCGUCUUUGCCCGGUGAUGAGCGCUUUUGCCGCUUACCGCCCUAUCAGAGCGCUCGGAGCAGCUACGCCCGCGGUGGGUUCUCGGACCGCCCGGAGGACCUCGGCUUAGGCCCGCGCUGCCUGCCCAGCACCUCCUCUUGCAUCCAGGAGGGGCUGUCAGAGAGAAUGGCGCACGUGGCGAGGGUACCCGCUGGACGGCGGGUCGGCUACGGCCCCAUUCACUCGCGGACGAACUUGAUGGAGGCGGAGCUUAUGGACGCCGAAUCAGACUUUUAAAUUUGCACUGACAGCUAAAGAAAAAGUGCUGGAUACUUUCAAAACUUAAGUGCACCUAUGUUUAUUUUUACAAAUCUUUUUUUUUUGUAUUUUUAAGGAAAGGGAUGACAGGAGAAAAGAAAACAUAUUUUUGUACUGCUAAGUCCGAUACAGCUUCCUUGGCAACUUUAUGAUGGAACACAAAUGAGGCAGCUACAAAAUGGCUUGAAAGAAUAGACUGUGUAGAUUAUGAAAAAACAAGCAGCCUUAUACCAUCUUUAAGGCUGGUUUAAAAAAAUGUCUUCUUUUAAUUAGCAACCUUAAUUUUUUAAUCACAUGAAGCACGUAGCAAUCUCUCAAUUUCUUUAAUUACUUAAAUAUCGACAAAAAUCCAUGUACUGCAUUCCCUUUUCAGUAUUUGUGAGCAUGUAAGUUGUCACAGAGUGGAUGUCACACUAAGGGUAUUAUUUGUACAGAUUUAUAUAUGUUUGAUUUUAUAAACAAAAAAAGGGGACAUGAGCAAAGACAAUGCUGUCAUUGUACGCUGUAACCAAAAUGUUUUUAUUGACAUUACUCUAGGUCAGUGCUUCUCAAUUAUUUUCUGUUACGCCCCCCCCUAGCAAGAAGAAAACUAUUCGCGCCCCCCCUCCCCACCGUGACUAUCCUAACUUGUCACCCAAGGGGGGCGCGCCCCACUAUUUGAGAAGCACUGGCCUAGGUGACUGAUUCACAAUUUGGUUUUGUCUGAUAUCAGAUAUUAAAUAAAGAAAGCCAACUGGCUGA